GAAGAAAAACGUAAAGAGAAGAAGGCCAGCAGAAAGGAGGCGCGCAAGAGGGUGAAUCAAUAUCCUGAAUACUCUGGGGGAGAGUGCAUCCUGGAGGCAGUGGACGGUCCCGACUCCGAGGAUAGGGUUCUCCGAAAGCCCAGACCAGAACCGUCCUCCAUUCCUGUAAUCACAGGAGGCCCCUGGACGGAUGAGGAAUUCUCCGAACUUGCGCGACUCAUGGCCAAAUAUCCAGGCGGGACUGUAGACAGAUGGGAGCGCAUUGCAGAGACAAUGGGUCGCACGGUCUAUGAGGUCACCAAGAUGUCCGAGAAGGUGAAAGCCCGCCUUGCCCAGAGGUUCUCAGAUAUGAAAUACGAAGAAUCUAUGAGUGAGGUUAAGGUGAAAGUGAAAACAAGGGCAGAGAAAACAGACUUGGCUGGCGGCAGCGAUGAGGCUUGGAACACAGUCCAGCAGAAAGCCCUCGAGAAGGCGCUGAAACAGUUUCCAAAGGGCACUGAUCAAAGAUGGGACAGAAUUGCAAAAGCUGUUCCUGAGAAAACUAAGGAGGAAUGCAUGCUACGCUUUAAAUUCCUGGCAGAGAAGAUUCGCAAGAAGAAGGAGGAAGCGGAGAAACAGCCAGACGAUGACCAGCACAACGAAGAACAGUCCGAGAACACGCAUGAAGAGGACCUGGACGAGGCAGAACUCGAGUGUAAACCAAGCAGUAAAAAUAACCUCAUAAAAACAAAUAGCACAAAGGGAAAUUCCUUACCAGGGGACGACAGAGAGGAAGUUAGUCUAGACGAGAACGCAGAAGGGGAGGAGGAGGAGUGACUUUAAACUCCUAGGUAAACAGUGGUUAUUUUUACUUCUCCUUAGAGAGUUGUUAUAUUUUGAUACAGUGUUAAACUUAGGGUAAUUUAUACAAACUUUAGAUAGGAUAAAAGGAUGAUGUUUGUAUGACAAGGUGCUGGAGAUUGUGUGUAGUGAGUUAUUCUCACUCUAUUUUACACUGAGUAAAAUGCUUACAUUAAUACCAUGCUGUUGAGAUAUGUAUUUGUUUCAUAUUGAUGACUUACAAAAAUUGAACGGAAGACAAUAUUGUGGACUCUUGUUACCAUACUUUUAGGUGUAAUUUAAACUGAAUUGCAGUGCUGUUUUUGGAAGGCAAUAUUAUGGACUCUCGCACCAUAAUUCUAGGGUGUACUUCAAACUGAAUUGCUGUGGUGUUUUUCUUCUUCCUUUUUUUUUUUUUCCUUUUUAACAGUAAAAUAUUCAACUGGAAGAAAAUUAUGAAAAUGUUUAUUAAAAAAACAUUUUUCCUUCUUGUGAAAAGCAAGUGACACUCUAUUAGAAAUUAAGAAAUAGAAUGUUAAAAUCUUAAAUAAAAGAUAAAUAUCGAGGGAGUGUUAAAAAGAAAAAUAUCUCGGAAUUUAUAGAUCUGAAGACGUACUUGUUUGUCAAAUCCAGAAUUAGAGACUUGGCAUUUCUUGAAUUAGAAGUUAGUGUCUGUUUUUCUCGUGUGCAUGGAUGCCGGUAGAAGUAGAGAUAGAACUUUUGAGACCGUUCAUUUCAUAUCACUUUUAUCAUUAGUUCGUAGAGAUUGAUAUAAUGUAUAUACACAUUUAUGUAUCCAAAGGUUUUUAUGGGAUUAGUUCAUCCUUGUAAAUGGAAAGAAAAGUCAUUAUUAUGUCAAUUUUGUGUUGCUCUUAGUUAUUUCAAUACAACCAAAUCAGUUUAGGCUUUUGUGUUACUGGGAAUAUUAAUGUUUAGUGAGAUUUUUUACAUAUUGUAGGUCAGUGGAAUUUGCUUAUUUAGUUGUUGUUUUUUUAUUUAAUUGUGUCAUUGUUUUCUUUCUCACUGAUUGGAAAAUGUCCACUGAAUGUCAGUAAUAUGAUUAUUGUAAUCGCUCUUAAUCAUCUUCAGAUAAAAAAGUGGUGCUAUACAAAGGUUUUAUUCAAUAAUGCCCGUUUCUCCUAAGCAAGUGAAUUACCUUUGGUGUAAAGACAAAUUCAUGGACUCUUUAUAAGAGUUUUAUAAGUGUCAUGCAGUCUCUCUUAAAUGUGGUGUUCAGAGUUCUCUUAGGAGCAUCUUGUACUUUUAUACUUGCCAGGUCAGAAUCCUGAUAAUAAUGUCUAUACAUGGGGUCAGCAUUCAUGUCUGUAUGGAUGUAGAUAUAGUGUAAUGAGUGAGUGUCGGUAAAUUGGGGAUUUGUAUAUGGGUGUUUACAGACAGACUCAGAUGCCACUCUUGUAAUACUACUAUAACUGGUAGAACUGUCAAUGUAAGUGAGUAUCUCUUAAUGCAAGUUGAUACACACUGAUUUGUUUUUGCCCAUUUCAAAAAAAAAAAAGUGAAAAGUUGAGAGUGGAGAGAAAUUAGAGAGCAAGUUGAUUUAAGGGCAAGUUUGAGAGUGGUGUGAUAUCUGAUAGUAAUUUGAUUUGAGGGCCUAGAGUUCAGUCACUUCUAGCAAUAAGGAUCACUAUUGAUGACUGCAUCAUAGGAGCCAGAUUGUUACACACAUUUAUACAUAUACAAACACAUGUUACAUGUAAAUACUGUUAAACUUGCAUUUAAAUACUGCUAACAUAUAUGAACAAACACACAUAUACACAUUGAGUCUGGCAGUUUAUGCACAUACUGUAUAUAUGUGUAACUCAUCAAGUCUUUCCCAUCUAUUACUUGUAGAGUUCCAUAUGUUUUUCUUUCCAUAAAGUUCAUCUAUAUAAAGUCAUACAUACAAGUAUCUGGUACCCUAGUCAGUUAGAGAGACCAAAUAUGCUAUGCUUUUUUUUCUUUCUUUCUUUUUCCUUUUUUUCUCUAUUUUUUUAUGGAAUUGUGUAGAUUAAUUGGAAAUUUUAAAGAGCACUGUAAUUCUCCUCUAAUAAGUUUCGAUGCCAAAUAUUUCUUUUUCCAGCCCCGAGUCCUGUGAUGUUAUUGUUACUGGAAUAAAUAUGUCCUAUAUAAAACGUUUGUUUGUACUGAAAUACAUUCAUGCUAGAUAUUUAUCUAGUUAUUUCCAUAUUUGGAACAUUGCAUGGUCUCAAUUUUAUUUUUUUGUGUGUGAUGCUCUCUCUUUGAUAUUUGCUACAUAAGUGUGUGAUUGAUUUUGAUGAACAGAAACUUUAUGGUAAAUGUCGUAGAUAAUUUAGGUGGUGAACGAGUCCCUUCAGUGAAUCUGUCUUGGUUAAACAGGUAACACAGCAGAGGUAUCUUUUACUUAUUGUUGCUAUUAACAUUAAUAUUUUUUUUCAUUAUUAUUUUUAAUUUAAGUAUGCUUUUGAUUUUAUGAUUUUGUCACCACCUUUGUACUGUGUAAAAAAUAAAGAAAUGAUUUUU